UUUCGACUGGUUGGCUGUGCGAUCGUUACGUCUCCAAUGCGGUUUUGCGGUCGCGGUCGCGGUCACAGCAACAGCAACAGCCGCAAACAAUAAACAGUACAUUGGUAGACGUUUAGAAGAAAACACUGGAACCUACGGAAACAUCAUCGUCGAACUGAGACAGCAUUGAAGAUCGCUUGAACGCGCCAACGUACUUAAACCGACGGGGCGGCGACAGAGAGUACGCGAAAGGGGAAACGGAAUAAAAUAAUAAGCAAAUAAUUAAAAUAAAGUCAAGACUAUAAAAGCAAUAAAGCGUUCGCAUAAAGACCGAGUACUACAGUACAGUUUCGGGUUGCGGAAAUGUGCAAAAAAAUACCGUAAUCAAUAAUUUUAAAUUCCAUAAAGAAAUUGAAAAAGGGGAGUGUAGCUAUGUGUAUGUAUUUUUGCUGAUUACGAGUAAUCAAUGACAUUAAAUGACAAAUGUAAAUACGGCACACAAGCGCGAGCUUAAAUAACUAAAUUAAUACUUUGGAAGGCAAAAAUAACCAAGAUAGUACAAAGUGCAAAAUAACGAAGCAGCGGCGAGGCGGGGUGCGGCAAGUGAAACGAGAAAGACAAAAAACAAAUAUGGAAAUUAUGGAAUAUAUGUAAAUAUUAUUAAGCAAAUAAAGAAAAAUAUUGAGAAUCAACAAAUAAGGCAAAAACGCGCAGCAAUAAGCCUUGUACACAAGCCAUAAAAGAGCAACAACAACAACGCCAACAAAAAGACCCAGGUAUUGAAAAAUAGAAGCGAAAAAUUAUCGAAUUAGCGAAUAGAGAUAACGUUUAAAGUUUGCGUCAGUGCAAAAAAGCAAAUCGCUGCAAAGGGUUGCCGAGCGCUAGGAGGUUUAACGCUCAAGCGACGUUAAUUAAAUAGAAAAACAGAAGGCAAGAGCAACAAGUGGGAAAGUGCAAAAAAGGUAAAUAAAUACUUAAAUAAGAAAAAAAAAAGUAAAAAGGGAGAAAUAAAAUACUAAAGCGCAACUGGUGUGUAGGCACAAGUGUGAAAAUUCUGAAAACCCAAUAACAAAUCGACUUAGUGACACAGCUGCAACUGUCGAGUGCGGAGGUGUAAAGCGCCAAGACGCAAACGAACGCGCAACUAAAGAAAUUCAGCGAAGCGAGGCAGUAAGUUGGAGAUAAUUUCAAAUUAAGCCCCUUCCUCACCUGCAGCUUGAACUGGAGCUGGCAGUACGCAAUACGCUAGCGGCUAAGGGUAAGGGUUGUCGGGCGCGAGCGCGCAACUGAGUUUGAGCCAAGCGGUAAAAUAAGUCAGCGUGACCGCAGCACGUUGUGACAACGCACGCGGCAUAAGGCGCAAAAUAGUUCAGCAUCCACGACUAGUAUCCAUAUUGACUACAGAGACAAGCUGUGAUAUAAGCAGUUAAGCGAAUGAAAAAUAAGUAAUUAAAUAACACAAAAGCAAAGUGUAGAAUAACAAAUUCGCAAAAGUAGAGCAUACAAAAAUUAACAAAAAGUUUAUAAAACCAAAAACAUAUAAGUAAGUCGCAACAUUAUUAGCAAAUAUAUAUGUAUGUAUUCUGAAUUCUUAUUAUCAAAACAAAUUGCGGAAAAUUCCAGCGACAAGUGACAGCUAAAACGGCUUAUAAUCACUAAUUAGCGGCUGAAAACAAAAACAACUACUUCAUCUUAACACAUACAUACAUACAUAUAUAUAUAUUAUUGUUUUUAUUCAUCUCCGCUAGAACGCGCUGUAAAGCAAAGCAAAAAAUAUUCAAUUAAAAACAAUAAAUAAAAUCAUUUGGAAUAAAAAAAAGUUGGGAAAAAACACGCCGCGCACACACAAACACUUUGCUAAAUCGCAUACACAUAACAACGGUUAAACAAACGACAUUGACGCUUGCAACAGGCGAAGCUAAUUAGCGCUCGACAACAGCAGCGAAAACAACAACAACAACAGCAGCAGCCGCUAAUGUCCCUCAACUCAGCUAGCGAGCAGCGAAUCAGUGGAGGGAGCUUUAAACGCCAGCAGCAGCAGCAGCAACAGCGACAGCAGCAGCAGCGCCGCCACAAACAGGUUUCACAUGCAAGGUCAACUGGCGACCGCCCGCCAACCAAAUAAAGUCAAUACAAAACAAACAGAAACAGAAACAAAAACAAAAACAAAGAGAAAACGUCGAAUAAUUCAAACAUUGCACCGUUAUUCGCUGCCAGUAGACGCAUACGCGCACGCAUUUCCGAAAAAUCAAAUCCUUUGUGACAACAAACAGCCAACAUGCAGCCAGCUAAAAUGGAAACGAAACGCACCAUCUGGUACAGCUGCAAUCAGGAAAUACAAAGUCAAGACAACGACAACAACAACAGCAAUGAAAUGAACAACGAUAGCAAUAACAAUGCGCAUGUCCACAAUGCUGACGCGCAAGUCACAUUUAAUCAUAGCAAGGCGACCGAACUACGCCAGACGCGCUUACAACGUCAGCACGAACAGCAGCAUAACUCACCACCACCACUGACACCUGCUAGUCCGAUAAGUGCAUCAAGCUCGUCGACGCAAAGUGCGCCGCCUCCCUUGAACGGUGGUGGAGAAAAGUUGCGCUCCAGUGCCGCGCCUCAUCGUCUGCCGCGUCGCAAACGUUUGCAGCGUCAAAAACCCACCGAACUGGACGAUGCCGAUUUCGCUUAUGCCGCCGAUCUGGAAGAGGAGGAUGAAGAAGAGGAGUUGUUGGUGGUGACGCAGCCACCGCCGUCAGUUAGGUUUAAUACGACAUCACUGAUAGGCGAUCCAUCGCGCGGCACCGAGCUGCAUGGCACCCCCUCGUACGUGACAGAGAAACGCCUGCAUCACUUCCAGCAACAGCAUCACAGCACACCUUUCGAUGGUCAGCCGUCAUCGUUGCCGAAUUGCUUUGCAUCCGCGGCUACAGUAAGCAUCUUUCACCACCACCACCACCACCAUCAACGUGAGCAUCGCCUUAAGCAUGAGGAAUCGUUUGACUCCUCCACCACCACCACAACAAACACCACCGAUACGGCGACCAGUCCGGCCAGUCCAUUGCUGCGUCGCCACAAUUUUACCAUGUUGAAGCGCGACAAUUCCACACACUCAGAGUCCUCCAGCCGCUAUUCGAGUGUGGAUAGCUUGUUGGAGGCGCGCAAGCCCGACCCCGAAGCCAUUCUGAUUAAUUUAGGCUUUGGCCCGGUCGGUUCGGAGGAUAUUCUGUCGCGCAUACCGAAACGUUUCCUCAAACCGUCACAGGUGCGCGGCAUCGACACAGAGGCUUUCAUACGUCGCCUGCAGUUGGCCAACAAUCUUGCCGAUCACAGUGUCUUGGGCUAUCGCGGACUCACCGGCAACCCGGAUAUACCGCCAUCGCGCAUUGUCGCCAAGAUUAUGCAUCGCUUCGAAGUGAACGAGCGAAAGAAGUCGAUGGGUUCCAUAGAGCAAACGAUUUGACCGAACUCGCGCGCGGAGGGGAGAGAGGAGAGAGGGGAGAUAAGAGAAGAAGAGGAUGCCGCGAAUUCAUUCACCAGUCACCAGUGCCAAAAAGUUGUUCUAUGAUUUAACUAAGUUAAGUGACAGCAACAAAAAAAACGCAACUUUAUUUCUAAUUAAUUAAGAGUUAACACAAAUUUUAUAUAUCGUUAGGGAAAAUAAUCAUUAUAUUUUUGUUAUUGGUAGUUUUUUUUUAGAAAGAAAAAUAUUGUACUUAAACAAAUAUGAGGAGAGAAAUGCUGUUAGUUGGAACAUAUUCAAGCAGAUAUAUGAACGUACAUACAUACUAAAAGACAAGUGUUACUUAAUUUAUUGAUAAUAAAAUACAUUUUUUGUUUAACUGUGAAAAA